GACAGACGAAGCGGGAGAACAAGCGGAUCGCCUCAUUCUGCUUCUUUCUCACAUCCAUCCUGCGAGAUCCUAUUCCAAAGAGGAGAGAGCUACAUAACAAGCACAUUGGAGAAGGAAAAGGAGGAAAAGAUCCAUUGAGGAGGGAGGAUAUCGAGGAAAAUAACACAUAAUUAGGGCAUCCACCUCUUAUAGCUUUGGCAGAGGUGUCUGAAAGUUUCCUACUGGGGGAGACACCCUCUCCUUGUUGUGGGGAUGAACAGCGGAUGCUGAAUUUCAUACCUGAAGGCAGGAAGAAAGCUGUGAAGACCGGCUGGAUUCACUUGCAGUGGAGCUGGUAGUGCGCACCAGAAGAGUCCCUACAGUGCUUCUUUCUCUCUCUUGCUCUGUCUCUCGCACACUCAUUUUCCAGCAGAAUACAUAACGCUAUUUUACUGUACCAAGGUGGAAUAUCGAGGGGAAGCAACCCUAAACCAGGGAAGUAAAGGGGAACGGAUUAUGUACAGAAUCAAUGAAGCACAUCCUGUUCACACAAAGUAAGUUCUAAUCAGAAAAGGCUUUAAGUUUGGUUUUGAUUCUGACAGACUUGGAGGAUUUUUGCCCUUUUUCUCUGUUGUGGAGCAGCACCGAGCUUCAUACAGCUUAUCUUUCGGACUAUAAGGUUCUGGAUGGUAUUUCAAGGACAGUGCUAUUCUUGUGAAGAAGAGCCAAACUGAAAUGAUCCAGAAAAAAGGCGCCAGCAUCUCUAUCUUUCACCAGAAAUAUUCGACAUAAGGCUGUGAUUAAAACAGAUCGCAAAGUGGCUGAAUCUGUGUAGGCACCUAUUGGCUCUCCUGGCAGAAACCAGACAUGUUCUUUGCCUCCCUUCCUGCAUGACCCUGGAGUAAGUGACCUGUGAAUAGAGUCACACUGGGGAUUUUCCGAAGGCCUUCCUUUCUUCUAUAACAGUGUAUGGACGUCUGACAUUGAGAAGCCCGGCAGAUAAAAGACUGAAAACAGGGACGACUACAGCAAAAGAAGGGAGAAAACAGCAGGCCAUGGCCGAGGGGAUGAUUGUUUCUCAAAGUGAACCGUGACAGAAUGGUGGACUGUAUGAGCAAAGUCAUGCUGCACACGGUUGUCUCAUGUUGGCAACCAUUCCUGGGACUGGCCCUUGUGGCUGUCUUUGUGAGUUCUACCCUGGGAUGUCCCUCGCGCUGCGAGUGUUCGGCCCAGAGCAAGGCAGUUGUCUGUCACCGCAAGCGCAUGCCCACCAUCCCGGACGGCAUCCCAACAGAGACCAGGAUCCUGGACCUGAGUAAGAACAAGUUGACAAUGAUCAACCCUGAUGACUUUGUUGCCUUCCCUGGGCUUGAGGAACUUGAUCUCAGUGGAAAUAUUAUCAGUUAUGUUGAGCCUGGAGCUUUCAACGCCCUGUUUAACAUGCACUUGCUUAGUCUCAAGAGCAAUCGCAUCAAACUGAUUCCUCUGGGCGUCUUCACAGGCUUAACAAAUCUUACCCGACUGGAUAUAAGUGACAACAAGAUUGUGAUCCUCCUGGAUUACAUGUUUCAGGACCUGCACAAUCUAAAGUUUUUGGAAGUGGGUGACAAUGAUCUGGUUUACAUUUCUCACCGUGCAUUCAGUGGACUUUUAAGCCUGGAGAUGCUAACCUUAGAGAGGUGCAACCUUACAGUUGUACCCACUGAGGCCCUUUCUCACCUGCACAACCUGGUCAGCCUCCAUCUACGAUACCUCAGCAUCAGCACUUUGCAUCCUUACUCAUUCAAAAAGUUGUUUCGGCUGCGGAAUUUAGAAAUUGAUAAUUGGCCUUCACUAGACCAUGUCCCGGCCAAUACCCUGCACGGCCUCAACCUGACCAGCCUAUUCAUAACCAACACCAACUUGUCCUCCUUCCCAUACCAAGCCCUGAAGCAUCUGCCCUACCUAACACACCUCAACCUGUCCUACAACCGCAUUAGGCACAUUGAAGGGGGGAUGCUGAUGGAACUGGUCCGGCUUCAAGAGCUCCAUUUGGUUGGAGCUCAGCUAACCGCCAUUGAACCGUAUGCCUUCCAGGGCCUGCGGGGACUCAGAGUCCUCAAUGUCUCUCACAACAGACUGGAUACACUGGAGAAGGGUGUUUUUCAGUCUCCUGAGACUCUGCAGGUUCUUCUGAUUGACAACAACCCCUUGGUGUGCGACUGUCGUCUCAUGUGGAUCCUACAGAAAAGGCAGUCCAUCUUCUUUGGGGAUUCACAGCCAGAGUGCAGCACACCUGAAGGUAUUCGCGGCAGGCCUUUCAAGGAGUUUAAGGAGACUCUCCUGUCUUACUACGUGACAUGUACCAAGCCAAAAAUUCGUGAGAAUAAAACUCAAACGAUCACGGUGGAUGAGGGCCAGCAGGCGAUGCUGCGCUGCAAUGCUGAGGGGACACCAAGACCCAUUGUGUCCUGGUUGUCCCCACGUCGACGAGUUCUGACAAGUAGGAGCCAUGGUAGGGUUACUGUCCACAACAAUGGUACACUGGAGAUCAAGUCAGCAGAGGUACAAGACAGCGGAGUGUACCUUUGCCUUGCCUCCAACACUGCUGGGAAUGACACUCUGAUGACUUCAUUGGCGGUGAAAAGUCUGGGAUCACUGUACGCUAACAGGACCCAGUACUACACGGAUCCCAGCAAUACCACUGCCAAUGGGACGGCCGGUGUGACCCUCGGUUUAGACCUAAAGACUAUUUUAGUGUCAACUGCUAUGGGUUGUUUCACAUUCCUGGGAGUGGUCUUGUUUUGUUUCCUGCUCCUUUUUGUUUGGAGCAGAGGGAAAGGAAAACAUAAAAACAACAUUGAUGUUGAAUAUGUGCCUCGCUCAAAGUCUAACGGCACUAACGUUGACUCGGUAGAGGGACAAGCUGGUCCUCGUCGUUUUAACAUGAAAAUGAUGUGACUUCUUAUAUAGAACCAAGAUUCUGGAUUGUGGAAUUGCCCAAAGUACAAUGUAUUUUUAUGAAUAUCAGACUACUGAACUUCCCACUGCACCAGGGAGAGUGGUAGUGAGUAAGUUUGGGGCAUCAUAACAAGAUGAGCAGUACCUUAUCUCACUCGAUCUUGACAUAAUGCUUGGAUACUGUGUUUCAAAUACAGAAGAUCGUAGUAGGAAAUUCUCUUAUGUAAUUUCCAGCAGGAAACUUCUUCAACAUGGAUGAGGAGUGAUAACUGCUGCUGCCAUGGGGACCUGAAGGGAAUAGGUGUCAGUUAUCAGCUUUUUGAAAUUUAUAUGUCCAAAAAGGACAUUUCGUUUUGGGUUGGAUCUACAGACUCUGCUGAACCAUGUACAGUACAAAUUUGUAUCUAAGCUAUUAACCUUCUUUGUUUAGUCUUGCGCCAUGCUUAUUCACUGAACAAAUCAAUGAAACAGACCACAAUUUCCUAUGUUCGAUACAUUGCAUAUGUGUACCUAAUGCUUCAUUAUGUACAUGUAUGUACAUAUUCAUUCAAAAUAACUAUUCAUAGCAAUAUUCAUGGGAUGCAUUAGCCAAAAUUGAUAUACCCCAUAUGUUCAGCAAGAACUUUCUUUAGACUUUUGAAGUUUCCAUGGAUACAGGAAGGGCUUAUAUGGGUGAUUAUAUGUCCCUGCUCCCCCAAUUGACUCCUAAAUAUGAACAAAUAUAUAUUAUUUAUCAAUGAAAAUAGAAGAAAAAAGAUUUUAUUUAUGAAAAAUGUUGAGCAAAUGUUUUGCAAAAAUCAGUCCUCAAACACUGUUCAGGAUCUAACAUAACACUUGGAUCAUCAUAAAGAUGACCCAGUAUUGGUCAUAGUACCUACAUGAACCACCUUUUUGUCCUAUUUUUGUCUCUUUUUAUUACUUUGACUGUACCUUUGCUGGUUGGCAAAAUACAUGUGUCAAUUUUACUACAGUGACAUUUGCAUAAUUUUCCCCAGUAGGAAAUUUGGACUUUGUUGUGGUAGUUCCUCAUUUUGUUGUUGAAUCAUUUAGAUUGUGAAAACUUUAAAGUAAAGGUAAAAAAAAAAUGUAUGUGAAAUAAAUGAAGAUGUAUUUGUAAAAGUGAGUCUGACUAAAUGGCUAAUAAGAUACAUAAUGAAAUGUU